AUGUCUUCCGAACCAAAUCAACAUAACGAAAGAAGUACAAAUACACUAAGCGGACGAAAACUUGCCCUCAUCUCUCUAUUGACUCUUCUCGCUGCUAUAUUCAUUGCCCUAUUCUGGGGAGAGACAGCCAAUCUGUUCGGCCUCCGUCGCUUCUUUUCUUCCGCGCGCUCAGCCGGCACUUUAUCAGCCCCGACAUCUAUUGCAGUCGCAACAGCAAUGGACAGCAGCGUAUCAGGAGAGAAAUUGCAGUCUACAAUGAAGACUCCCGUCUACUUCCUCAGCCAUGGCGGGCCAAACGUCAUGUACGAAGUCGAGCACCCGGCCUACCGCAAACUGGCACAGAUCGGCCGCGAGAUCACGACAAAGGUCAAGCCGCGCGCUGUAGUCGUUUUCUCUGCGCACUGGCAGGCUGGCCGUGAUACAAUUCAGGUCAAUACGGCCGAGAAGACGGAUCUGAUCUAUGAGUAUUCCAGCUUCUAUGGGUUCCCCAACCACUACUACAAAGAGCAGUACCCGAACGUGGGGAGCAAAGAGGUAGCGCAAAAAGUGCUGGACCUACUGAAAGACGCCGGGAUCGCGGCGGAGGGCGUAAAGCGCGGUCUGGACCAUGGCGUCUGGGCGAGCUUCAAAUGCGCCUUCGAACCAGACACGAACCCACUGAACGUGCCCGUCGUGCAGGUCUCGCUGUUCGACAGCGAAGACCCAGACCAGCACUACAGAUUGGGGCAGGCCGUUGCGCGGCUGCGCGAGGAGAACAUCCUCAUCAUCGUGUCUGGAAUGGCGGUGCAUAAUCUGCGGGACCUGCGAUUCACGUUUGAUAGCAAGCGGCCGCUUCCGUACGCGGUUAGUUUCGACGAGGCGCUCAAGGACGCGGUGACUACUGCUCCUAGUGGGCGGCAGAAGGCGAUGGCGGAGUUGCUGAAGCGGGGUGAUGCGCGGCAGGCGCAUCCUUCUUUCGAGCACUUGCUGCCUAUUCAUAUUGGGGCUGGUGCUGCUGGGGAGGAUUUGGGGAAGAGGACUUGGACGCUUCCUGAGGGGAGUAUGAGCUGGGCUCAGUAUCGAUUUGGGGAGAUUGGGAAUUCUAGCUCGUUGUAA